UUGACCAUCAUCUGUCUUGUAUCGGCAAUCAUUCGCCCACUUUACCCCUCCCUCCUCCGUGCUCAAGAGCUAUUCCUGGAAGGACUCAAGGAGUCCGACGAUACCUGAGCACUCGAAUACUCUACUGCCAGCCGGCAUCGUACCCCAUUCCCCUUGCAAUCGGGACUCGUGAUUAUCUGGCUCGCGCCACGCCAAUAAAGGACGAAGUAGGAGGUCUACAGAAUGGAUGGCGCGGGCUCAAUCUCAGCCUCCCCUGCGUCGAACAUCACUACGCCCCCCGCAAGCAUUCCCACGUCCGUCCUCGAAUGGUACCGGGAGAACGGUCUCACACUACCAGACACGCAAGCUAUACCUCAAGCAAGUCUUCGGCUACAAACCAACUACGUGUAUGAUGCCAUCGGCACGUCGCAGUCGCCCCAUCCGUCCACUGUCAACUGCGCGGACGUUGCUCUUCAGCCAGGUCCUUCCGUCACCCCUCGGAACUACGAUGCAUCCUCACCAAACACAUCGCGUCCCUCGCAAGACUUGUUUCUCGCCCGAUCAGCGCCGUCAAGACCCCCGCUCUCGCGACCAGCGUCAUCCUCUCAGCAAGCUUCGCCCCCCUCCACGCUGCCUGAUGCGGACGUCCUCUCCCGCGUUGACGCCGCCCUUGCAGAGGUGCUACACCCAUACAAGGCGCAGAUCGCGCAACUUGAAGAAGAGCGGGAGCGUCUCGCCUCGCAGCUGCGCGCACACUCGUCGGCCGAUCCGGUCUCUUCGCAGCAGCAGCUCGAGAUCGAGCGCCAAGAACUCGCGUCCGAACGUGCACGCAUGCGCGCUCUAUUGGACUCUGCGGUACAGCAAGCCCUCGCGGCAGUCACCAAAUCCCAGAGACUCGGCGUCGAGCUCGACGACAUGCGCAACGCACUUAAUGCCCAGCGCGUCGAACUCGACUCGAGCCGCGCUGAACUCCAAGCGACGCAGAACGAAAUCCGCACCAUGCAGGCCGCUCUUUCCGCCGCUGGUAGCAUCAACAAUACCAUGCGCGCGAACUUCAUGGAAGCGGCCAAGCUAGCGCGCUCGGAGAUCGCCAAGGCGCGCGCAGAGCGAGAUGCAGCGCAGCGCGAGAUCGUGAGUCAGCAGGCGGAGCUCAGUCUCGCCCGCGCGAACCUCGCGAACACGACCAGCCAGCGGGAGGCCAUCGCGCACUCGGAGCGCGACCUUGCCAUCCGCGAGCUCAACACCCUGCGCACCGAGCUCAGCACAACUCGCGCACAACACGGCGAGACUCAGCGCGACCUAGCCAUGGCCCGCACGCAGCGAGACUCCGCCAAGCAGGACCUGCAAGCCGCGCGAGACGAGGCGAGUCAGCUGCGCUCUGAGCUCGCCGCCGUCAGGGCCGAGGAGGAGAUGCGACGGUCGGUACUGCCGGCGGUGCGUGAGAUGUACGCCGAGCGUGCUGGGAUCAUAGCGGAAGCGGAUGGGCUGAAGCGGCAGCUUAACGAGGCGAGGGUGGAGAUUGACCGUACGAAGCGCGAGCUCGACAGCGUGAAGGGCGAGCGGGAUAGAUUGGUCAUCGACCGCGACAAUUUGCGAUGCGAGACCUCGCUCUCACAAGGGGGACCAGUGCCUGUGAAGCGUGAAGACGAGAACGAGCUUUCGAGAGAACUUGCGGAGGUCAGGCACGAGCGCGACGCAGCGAAGGGCGAGAUGGAUGCCUUACGGAACGCGUAUGCAGCGGUGCAGGACGAACUCGAAUCGACGAGGGGAGAGCUCGAUCGGGCGCAUGCCGAGCUCGACGGCGUUCAGCGCCAGUGUGUGCAGAUGACGACCGCACUUGACUCCAGCGUCAAGCAGGAGUCUCAGGAUGAGUCAACCAGCUCGAUGCCUCGAGCAGUUGUCGAUAGUUCGUCGGUUGCUGCCGAUGUGUCUACCGCGACCGCUACCCUCGCCCCCGCAGGCCCAGGUCCAUCUGCCGCGACCGUAACGUGCAACUCCUCUUCCUAUGCUGGCCAACAUCCCGUUGUCGCUGCAAUUAUCGGUGGCUACGCGCAUUCGGCUCACUUCUCGUCCGCACUCCUCGAACAGGCUGACAUCGAGCACCUUAGUCACGAGUUCAACGUGCUUCAUCAUCCAGUCGUCAGCGCGCGGGACCUCAGUGCGCAGACGCAGGAGUCAUUCCUCCGUAUCGAAGGCGAACUGCUCGCGGCGAGGGAGACGAUGACGAACCUGCAGACCGAGCUCCUCUCCGCUCGAGGCGAGAUCGCCGCCCUUCAAAAGGCUCGCGGAGAGCUACAGGCGUUGAACGUGGAGCUUAGCGAAGCCCUUCGGCGGGCAGAGGUGGACGGCAAGGAGCGUGGCUCGCGAGCGGGCUCGAAUGCAUCCGGCGGCGUCAAGCAACCCGCUGGGCACGAUCAGGAGGUUGCGCAAGCGUGGUCGGAGGUUGCCAAGUGGAAGGAGGCGCUCGCGAAAGCACAUACGUUACACGUGCGACUCGCGGCGGAGGUCAGGGAACUGCGGGCCACGUCGGACGCCCCGUCGUUCGCGCAAGGUUCUGCAUCACAAGCACCUGCACUCUCUUCUACCUCACAACAUCGUACACCACCGAGCUCGCAGGCUACCCAUCUCACCGCCUCGCAGCCGUCGUUGCCGUCCAUGUCGCAGAUAUCUGGCCCGCCCUCUUCCCAUUGCACAACAUCAACUCAAGCCGGCUCCUUGGCCUCCCUCUUUUCCGCCGGUGACGCAGAUGGCGCUUUUGGACAGGCGCGAGAUGCGACACAGACAUCAACGCCUUCGACAUCAGCAUCACCGUCACGGCGAGCGCUACCUUCUCAAGCGGAGCCAUCGUCAUCGCAUCCACUCAUGCGUCCCCACUCGCUCGCGCAGACCCAACCUUUGCCGCAUAUCGGAGGCUCGUCACAAUCAUCUCCCACAACUUUUUUUGCGAUGUCGUCCACGCCAUCUGCGCCCGUCAUUGUACCGAUAUCAACCGCGUCCUCCGGGAGCGACUCGCCCCUUCGAAAAGGCGCUACACGCAGUGUGCUAGCGGGUCGCAAGAGGGUCAACGACGCAGGCCGACCGGACGGCGCGAAGCGAAGGAGGUUAGGGAACCAAGGCGGCGCUUCGCAUGCCGAUGACGAUCCGUCUCGAGAGGCGACACCUGGAGAAACGGAAUGCACCAUGGACCGCCGCCUCCAAUCCGUACCUCCCGUGUGCGUGAAGAUCGAAUGA